AUGAAUUUAGAAUUACAAUUACUAUAUUUUUUGGUCAUUUAUGGCUCUUUACGGCUUUGUAAAGCACAUAUUUGCAUACCGGAAUGUCAAAACGGCGGUAUUUGCGUUGCUCCUAAUCAAUGUCAAUGUCAAGAAGGAUUUGCGGGUCCGCAAUGUCAAAUUCGUGAUGAAAUGUGCAUGUCGCCUCCUAUGGUCAUAGGAGCAAGGCCAGAGUGUACUUUCCGAUCAUGUACUGUGUCCUGUCUGAAUAAAUUUACCUUUCCGGACGGAUCAUCAGUUACAUACCUAUCCUGUCGGAACGGAGUUUGGGUUCCUGAUAAUUCUCAAUGGGUUUCAGUUCCUGAUUGCAAACCAUCUUGCACUCCGCCUUGCCAAAACGGAGGAAUUUGUAUAAACAGCGAUAUGUGUCAGUGUCCGCCCAGCUACCGUGGUCCCGAAUGUCAAUAUUCCAAAGAAGUAUGCGACGCCAAUAAAAUGGCCUUUAAUGGAAAUCGCAAAUGUAAAGGGAAUGAAGAAAUGAUGUCUUGUGAAAUUAGCUGUCCAGAUUCGAGUGAAUUUACCUCUCCUCCAGCUAAAGAAUAUAUAUGUUACUACAGUAAGGGAGGUUUUGAACCUGAACCUAUUCCUCAAUGUAAUAUACAGUCGACUUGGCAAACAGCUAGACAUUUAAAUUUUAUGACCAGCACUUCUAAAUUCUUUCAACAAAGUUAUACCUCAAGUCAGCAAGGAUUGGGUUCGGGUUUGAGUUUAGGAUUCGGAACUGGUUAUCAAAAUAGUUCUAGCUCAGCAAAAUACGGACUGUCAUUAGGUACGAAUUUUGGGAAUCAAAAUAAUGGUUACAUCUUUCAAAAACAAUAUAGCAGCAGUUCAAAAUACGGAUUUAGCUACGGAAGUGGUUCCAGCUCAGUAAAUUAUGGAUUAACAUUAGGUUCAACAUUUGGCAAUCAAAUUGGAGAUUAUAUCUCUCAAAAUAAAUAUACUAUUGGUUCAGGAUACAGUGGCCAGAGUGGGUAUUCUUCAAACUAUCAAUCAGAUCAACAAUAUAAAACCAAUUCGGGUUCACAAUUUAUAAAUUCUCAAAUACAAUCAAAUGAAUUAUUCCACACUGAACCAAAAACUUGCUUCACUUGGGGCGGCAACCACUUCAAAACAUUCGAUGGUGCGAUGUACAGUUUCAAUGGUAACUGCGCUUACAUAUUAGUCCAAGAGAUAGAAUUUGAAACGUUUACCAUAGCAAUGCAAAACAGUCCCAGUUGUGAGCGCAGUGAAGAAAACUGCCAUAAGAUAAUAAAGAUCUUCUUGUCCGAUAAAGAGUAUAUCUUGACUUUGAAUGAUAAAGGAAUUCCGAUCUUAAAGUCACUGAAUAAAAAUUUACCGAUUCCGGCUAAGCUUCCUGGGAUAGAAGUGGAAAUAUCAUCUCACUUUGUUUUAGUAUUUUUGAAUUCUUUGGAAGCUAGUUUGAAGUGGGAUGCACGACACUUUUUGCAAAUUAAAGUUUCUGAAUCGCUUUGGGGUAAAGUUGCUGGGCUUUGUGGCCGUAUGAAUGGAGAUAUUAAUGAUGAUAAGACAACUAGAAAUAAUAAACAUCCUCAAAGUAUCGCUACGUUUGCUUCUUCAUGGAAAAUUUUGAAUCUUGGUGAAAUCUGCGAUGACAAUAUCAAUGAGUUGUAUUCGUGCGACAAUGGAAAAAAUUUGACUCAGAAUGCCACCGACUUUUGCUCAAAAUUGCUAUCCGAUCCCAAAUUUACGAUGUGUUCUAAAGCUAUGGAUUCAAAAGUUCUUGAAGAAUAUUGUCAAUGGGAUUACUGCAAUUGUCAGUUAACUGAUAAGAGCUACUGUUCUUGUGAAACCAUGGGUGUAUAUAUCAGGCAAUGUCACCACGAUGGUAUAAUAAACUUCCUUGAUUGGCGUUCUGACGAGACAUGCCCAAUGCAAUGUCCAGGUGGAAAAAUGUACAGAGCUUGUGGGCCAAAAUCACAAGCAACAUGUACUGCAGAUUUUAUGAUUUCUUCUUUAUCCGACGGCAGUUGUGAAGAAGGCUGUUUCUGUUCCGAAAAUACAGUUCUUCACAACGAAAAGUGUAUCGCUAAAGAAGAGUGUCCUUGCACUUUUAGAGGAAAAUUGUUUCAACCUGGAGAAUCAGUUUCUAAGGACUGCAAUACUUGCACAUGUUUAUCGGGCAAGUGGAUUUGCACGGAAGUUAUUUGCAGCGCAAGAUGCGCUGUUAUUGGCGAUCCUCAUUAUACUACUUUUGAUGGGAAGAAUUAUGAUUUCAUGGGAAAAUGCAACUACUAUCUUGUCAAUGGGGAUAAUUACAGCAUUGAAACUCAAAAUGUGCAAUGCUCUGGCGCAAUUUCUGAGAGCGUCGAUUUUGCAAAGGCUGCAUAUGAAGCUCCUUCUUGCACAAAAUCAGUUACCAUUAGACUAGGACCGGUUGUUAUAAAACUCAAGCAAAAUCUUCAAGUUUUAAUCAACGGUGAAGAUGUAGCAGUUCUUCCGAUAAAAGCUAAAGGGGCCAAGAUACGUUUCGCUAGUAAUUUAUUUGUAGUUGUUGAUAUUGAAAAUGGAUUACAAGUCUGGUGGGAUGGAAUUUCGAGUGUAUUUGUUAAAGCUCCACCUGAAUUUCGCGGAAAAACAAAAGGUUUGUGCGGAACAUUUAAUGCCAAUCAAAAAGACGACUUUUUAACACCAGCUGGCGAUAUUGAGCAGUCCGACGUAGCUUUUGCAAAUAAAUGGAAGACAAAUGAAGCAUGUACGAACAUAGAAAUGAAAGAACCUCAACAUCCUUGUAAAACAAAUCCUGAAAGACAGCACGAGUCUGAAAAAUACUGCGCUCAAUUACGCGGUGAUGUUUUUUCUAGCUGCAAUUGGUACGUAGACCCCGAGCCAUUUUACGACGAUUGCAAGUAUGAUAUGUGUGCUUGCGCUGGAGAUAUCAAACAAUGUUUGAGCCCGACCUUCGCCGCUUAUGCGAGACAAUGUGCUAUCUCAGGAGUCGAAAUACUGUGGCGUGACAAGGUGGAAGGGUUCCAAUUGCACUGUCCGCAAGGUCAGGAGUACCAAGUUUGCGGAAGUAGUUGCGCAAGGUCGUGCAAAGAUAUAUCUUUUAAUCCUAAUUGCAAGGAAGAGUGUGUAGAAGGGUGCAAUUGUCCGAAAGGACAGACACUGAAUGCUCAAGGAGAGUGUGCUCCAAUCGGCGAAUGUCCUUGCAAGUACGACGGACUUGAGUUCAACGCAGGAUAUCGUGAAAUAAGGUCUGAAGGAUUAAGCAAAAAUCUGUGCACUUGUGCCAGCGGGGUUUGGACUUGUAACCCAGCUACUGAAGAAGAAAUCAAAAAGUACCCAGCUUCAGGUAGUUUGAAUCCGAUUUGUGACGUUAGUAAGCAUUUUAAAAUGACCAAAUGUGAGCCUAUUGAGCCGAGAACUUGCCGCAAUAUGCAUGCAGCUCCAAACCAAAGUCCGGCAGUCUGUCAACCUGGAUGCGUGUGUAAGAAAGGGUAUGUUCUGGAUACUAUCAGCAAAACUUGCGUGAAGAAGAAAGAAUGUCCGUGUUACCACAGUGGAAUAAGCUACCUAGAAGGAUUUUCCAUCCAACAGGAUUGUAAUACUUGCAAAUGUUCCAAUGGAAAGUGGAACUGCACCAAUCGAAUUUGUUCUAAGGUUUGUUCAGUCUGGGGAGAUUCACAUUACACUACUUUUGAUGAAAAAUCGUAUGAUUUCCAAGGGUCUUGCGACUACGUACUUGCUAAAGGCUCUCUAGGUGAAGAUGAUACUUUUGAUAUCUCCAUCCAAAAUGUUCCUUGCGGAAACGUUGAAGUUUCGUGCUCCAAAUCGGUUACUUUGACUGUUGGAAGUAGCAGCAACCAAGAAUCCAUCACACUUGCGCACGGCAAGGAGAUUCCUUUCAGAAUAUUCAAGCGUAUUAUCAUCAGAAGAUCUGGGCUCUUCAUUUUUCUAGAUGUUCCUGAUUUAGGAUUGGUUUUACAGUGGGAUCAAGGUACGAGAGUCUACGUUCUACUAGAUCCCAAGUGGAAGACUCACACUAAAGGACUCUGCGGAGACUACAAUGACAACGCAGAGGACGAUUUCAAAACACCAUCCGGAGGAAUUCCCGAAGUGUCAGCCCGUCUUUUUGGAGAUUCUUGGAAAAAGAACGACUACUGCCCCGAACCCGCAGAAGAAAUUGAUACGUGUCUCAAAAAUCCAGCGCGGAAAGUUUGGGGUCUUGAAAAAUGUGGGUUUUUGCAGAGUGAAGUAUUUGAAGUCUGUCACAAGGAACUUGACCCUGCUCCUUUCGUCCAGCGGUGUGUUUUUGACACUUGCGCGUGUAACCAAGGAGACGAUUGUCAUUGUUUAUGCACAGCUUUGUCUUCUUACGCUCACGAGUGUAACCGUCGUGGUUUUCCGAUAAGAUGGCGAUGUUCUGAACGUUGUCCUAUGCAGUGUCCUGAUGAAUUUAUAUACACACCUUGUAUGUCUACUUGUCCUUACGAAACUUGUGAUAAUCUGGCGACGUUCAACGAUAGGAAGCAAUCUUGUGCUGAAGAUACUUGUGUUGAAGGAUGUGCUCCUGAAGAGUGUCCAAAGGGUUAUGUUUUCAGAAACAGUUCAUUCAUUGAAUGUGUCCCGAGAAGCAAGUGCAAGCCUAUAUGCAAUGAAAUAGAAGGAAUACUUUAUUACGAAGGAGAUAAAGUUAGCAGCGAUGAAUGCCAAACUUGCUUCUGCAGCCACGGCAAAAUAACUUGCAGUGGUGCUGCUUGUUCUAAAUCAAAAAUAGUCCUACCUCCUCCUGAAUCAUUUCUUGCAGCAUCCAAUGUUACAAUCAUCACCAAUAAAACUAUUGUAACUCAUAUCACGAAGAUAUAUUCAGGCUCUUGUACUGUUAAUGGUGAAUAUUUGCCCCACACUUCUAAUUGUCAGAUAUUCUACCAUUGCGGUCCAGGAGCUAGUGGUCUGGAGUGGUUUGAAAAAUCCUGUGGGCCUGGUACGCUUUAUAAUUCAGUAACUAAAGUAUGCGAUUGGCCGGAUAAUGUAAUUGCAGUGCGACCCGAAUGUGGUAGUACCUCUUCUGAUAUACAAGCAGACUCUCGCUGCAAAGAAGGUGAAUAUUGGAAUAAAUGCGCUGUAGAAUGCAACCGACUUUGUGAUUAUUAUCACCAUAUUUUGGUUUUGCAGAAUUAUUGCACUCUUGACAACAACUGCGUUCCAGGAUGCAUUAAAAAUAACAAUGUUUGCUCGGCUAAUAAAUAUUGGCGAGAUUUUGACACCUGUGUUGAGUUAAGGAACUGUCCUUGUAAAUCACACUCUGGUGAACAAGUUAAGCCUGGAGCUGUUAAGAAAGAGUCUGAUUGUGAAGUUUGUCAAUGCUUGAGCAAUUAUUAUACUUGUGACAGAUCAGCUUGUCUAUCAGUCUUUGUCAAUGAAUCAACUCAUGUUCAAACUGUUACUGAAGACUAUAAAGUCAUUACUCUUGAUCGGCAGAAAAUUAUUGUCACUAGUACAGUUUCUCCCGCUAAACCAUGUUACAGCAAUAAAUUUUUGAGUAUAUUUGAACAUACUGUUGAUGGGGAAAUUUUGUUUAAUGCUAGUAGUUCAAUCGAUUCUGAACAUAAACCUGAAUAUGCUAAAUUGAUAACUUCAAGUUCUGCAAAAAAUGAUUCUUUGAAGAAUUGGCAGCCUAAAUUCAUGGAUUCUGAGCAAUGGCUUGAAAUAAUUCUUCCACGGCUUGAACCAAUUUACGGAAUUAUCAUGCAAGGAUCUCUUGCAGAAGAAAAAUACGUAACAAGUUACAAGCUUCUUUAUUCGCAAGAUGGAAAAACCUUCUCUUAUAUUCUAGACAGUGCUCAAAAAAAUCCCCAACUGUUUCAAGGAAAAAUUGAUGCUAAAAUACCAGUAAAAGAAUUUUUCCUGGAACCUAUUGAAGCUAAAAUACUAAUAAUAAAUCCCCAGACUUGGCAUCAUGCAAUAGCGAUAAAAGUUGACUUACUUGGAUGCGAUGAACAUUAUACUGUUGAUAUGAAUAGAACGGCAUUAGUUAACAGAACAUUCCAUGAAGUAGUUGCAGUCAAGCCGAUUUGCGACGACGCUAUGGGCUUGAAUAGCGGUGCAAUGGUCGAACAACAAGUUACGGCGUCUUCUACUCUUGAUAAAAUGUUCCCUAAUAUACAGUUGUCUUCACCUGGUCUUUGGCGUCCUUUAUUGGACACUCCUACUCAGUAUGUUCAAUUUGAUUUUCUUCAAAAUGUCAAUCUCACUGGAAUUGAAACCAAAGGUUUUGAUAAUAUUUGGACAGCUGCUUACAAAAUUUUUUAUGGGGAAGAUGAGAUGUGUAAGAACCCUGUAAUUGAUAAUCAGGGUAAUGAAAAAGUCUUUUUAGGAAAUGUUGAUAGCAAUACUACAAAGGUAAAUUACUUUGACAAGCCUAUCCGUGGUAGGUAUUUGAGAAUUCAGCCCGUCAAGUGGCAUCAACAUGUCGGUUUUAAAGUUGAAGUUCAUGGAUGUUUUAUUCCAUAUCCUAAAAUUGAACUAGAAGAGCCUGAAGAAAAUCAACAAGAUCAAUCAUUCUGCAAUUUAUGCCCGGGAAUUUACCAAGAUUUAUCAAGAAACGCGUGCAACUGCAACGAAUCUUCAUGGUGGACCGGAGAAGCUUGCGUCUUAAGACAAGAGUGUCCUUGCGUGGUGAACAGUAUCACUUACUCAGUAGGAGUUUCUUAUGAAACGAAAGAUUGUCAGACAUGUUCGUGUGCCAUGAAUGGAGUUCCCGAGUGUCAGCCGAAGCUUUGCGAUCCUUGCAAGCCAGGUCUUCAAUCAAUCAUCACAGAAUUGUGUGGGUGUACUUGCAAGCCUUGUCCACCUGGAAUGCGACUGUGUCCUACCAGCAAUAUCUGUAUCAGAGAAGCUGACUGGUGUAACGGAGUUAAAGAUUGUCCAGAUGAUGAAACUGGCUGCCAAAUUUCUAUCAGCCAGAAUAGUUUUGAUCAACAUCAUCAAGUUACUGUCCAGGAGACUUCAACUGUCGUUGUUACUGUUCGCUGUGAAGUUCCAACAUGUCCACCGGGGUAUAACACGAUUCCGAUAAAAAAACCUUCGGCUGAAAAUAUAACCGAUCCUUCAUUGCUUGCAAAUGAAGCACCUGCAAUUGAUAUAAGAAGUCAAUUUUCAUCACCAAGCAAAAUUGAAAAUUCAAUACAAAAUGAAAAUAAAUUUAAACCUUUUGAAUUUGAAUGCCAGCAAUAUUUAUGCGUAUCUUCCCAACAAAUUACUGUGUCUGAAAAAUACGAAUCAUUAAUUAAGUGUCCUGAAGCUAAAUGUCCGCCAAAUUAUGAAGUAGUUUAUGAACCUUCGAGCUUAUAUGACCAAGCUGCUUGUCCCAAUUUUAUGUGCAGACCUCCGCCUCCAGCAGAAGUUGUCUGUAAUAUCACCGGGCGCUCUUUCAAUACAUUCGACAAAUUAGAAUACAAAUAUGACAUCUGUGAUCAUCUUCUUGUCAGGGAUAUGUAUAAAAAUUUAUGGUACAUUGCGUUAAGAAAAUCGUGUGAUAAAAAGUCUUGUUAUAAAAUGCUUGAGAUAGCUUCAGAUAAUAAUACAAUUUUAUUAUAUUCCAAUAUGUCAGUAAGCAUAAAUAAAAAUAAUUUCGCACCGGAAGAAAUAGUUAAUUUACAUGACGAAGGUAACUCAUUUGAAGUGACCCAAAUUGGAAACAUUCUUAAAUUUGUAUCCCAAAAAUACGGCUUUUGGCUCACGUGGGAUCAAAAUGCAAAUGUUAAAAUCAGUGUAACAACCCAAUUGAUUAAGCAUAUUGAUGGAAUGUGCGGAUAUUAUGACAAUAAUAUAGAAAAUGAUCGAUUGAAGUCAGAUGGGAGUCAAGCGAUAACAUCCAAAGAUUUUGGAGAUAGUUGGGCGUUAAUUGACUUGUCAGAAUGCGAAACUGAAAGAUGUCCGAAGCAAUCACUGGAAGAAGCCCAAAAAAUUUGUCAUGCUUUGAAAGAUAAAUCAUUUUCAGUUUGUAACAAUGUUAUAGAAAUAAACAAGUAUAUUUCCCGUUGUAUUGAGACGACGUGUGAGUGUUUGUCUGAAAAUGUGAAGCCUGAAGAAUGUCGAUGCCGGGAAUUGCAAUCAUUUGUAAGAGAUUGUCAAGCUGCGGACAAUAACGUCGAUUUGUCAUCUUGGAGAAAUAUUCACAGCUGUAACAUGGACUGUCCAUCUCCUUUAAUUUACAAGGAUUGCUUCAGACGCAAAUGCGAGAUCACGUGUGACAAUUUGCAAGAAAUUGGUGCGUGUCCUUCUACAGAUGGCUUUUGUUAUUCCGGAUGCUUCUGCCCUGAUGGAACUGUUCGCAAAGGAAACGACUGCAUUUCUCCUACAGAAUGUCGCGACUGUUCUUGUAAUGGACUCGGCUAUUCAAAUUUCAUCGAUUUUAAUAACCGGGAAUUUUCCUUUGCUGGAAAUUGCAGUUACGUUCUAUCGCAAGAUAUUGGAAAAAGUAAAGAAGAAGAACACACGUACCGUGUAUUCAUGAAAAACGUUCCUUGGGAUGGAGGAAUUUUUACAAAAGCUUUAGUAGUGAUGUACAAAGAACAUUUUGUUGAAAUUGAACAAGAUUUGAAGACUCAAGAUUUUAUUCUAGAAGUAGACAAUAACCCAAUUAAGGCGCCGUUUGAAAAUUCUUGGAUGAGUCUUACUGAAAAACCAAACAAUGAUAUUAAUAUUUUGAUACCAGCGAUCCAGUUAGAAGUAACGAGUUAUAAAAAGAAUUUUGGAUUCACUAUAAGAAUACCCUCUAAAAUUUUUGGAAGCGCAAUUGAAGGUCUCUGUGGUAGUUGCAGUAUAAUUGAAGAAAAAGGAUUUAGAAAAUCGAAUAAUGAAUUUACUGAGGAUGUAAAUGAGUUUGGACUGAGCUGGUUGGUCACUGGAGUUCCGGAAGUUCAAUUGGUGUCGGCUGAGGAAUGUCUCAGUCAACCGGUUAAGACAUGCGAUUUGAAAACAAAUAACUCGUGCUCGGUGCUGUCAAACAAAGACAUUUUUGGAAAAUGUCAUAAUAAAAUUGACCCGAUGCCUUUUAUUAAAUCUUGUCAAAAUACUUUAUGCGCUGAAGGUGAUGCUUGUGGAGAUAUCGAAGCUUAUGCUAGAGAAUGUCGAGAAUCAAAUUUGUGUAUCGAUUGGAGAUCUUCUCAGCUUUGUCCUCUAAGUUGUUCCGGAAAUUUGGAGUAUAAAACUUGCGGACCGAGCUGUCCUGAGACUUGUGAUUCUUUACGUAAGAAUGAAACCCGUAAAUGCGCUUCUGAUUUAGUUGAAGGCUGCUUUUGUCCAAAAGAUCAUGUUUUACAUAAUGACGAAUGUAUUCCUGAGAAGAAAUGCUUUGUUUGCGAUAAAGAAGGACAUUUGGAAGGGGAAACUUGGCACCCUGAUAAAUGUACUAAUUGUUCUUGCAAAAACCAAAUUGUUAAUUGCGAAACAACAAAAUGCUCAGCGGUAGAAACUGUUUGUCUGGAGAACUACAACCGCUUGCAGGUUCCUGGAACUGAAGAAGAAUGUUGUCCCAAGUAUAGAUGCGUACCUAUUAUUGUUCCACCGAAGAAUAUAACUUGUGAGAAAGCUCAACAUCCAAAAUGCGGAUACGGUCAGAUAAUAAAAGCUACCAAUGGAACUGAUGGAUGUCAGAAGUUCAAUUGUCAGUGUAUGCCAAGGAAAGAAUGUCCGCCAACAACUCUGUUAGCUAAUGAUAAGGAAAAACUCAAGCAGCCUGGUUUUACUGAAAUUGUUGAUACGAAGGGAUGUUGCCCGCAAAGUUCUGUGGUUUGUAAACCUGAAACUUGUCCAGAAAAGCCAAAGUGCCCUGAAUAUUACAAUAUUACAAAGCAGAUAAUUCCUGGGCUUUGUUGUCCUAUUUAUAAAUGUCAGCCACCGCAAGAUAAAUGUUUAUAUGUUGUCACUCGUAAUAAUAAAACAGAGUCUCACGCAGCAAAAAUUGGAGAAAAAUGGACAAAAGGACUCUGUGAACAUUGCGUUUGUGAAAAAUCUACUGACAUUAUUCCCAAAUCAAGUUGUACAAAAAUUCAGUGCUCUAAAAUUUACGACCAUUCAGAUAGUAAAAAUUACAAACUCAAAAAAGUAACUGUAGAAGGUCAAUGCUGUCCAAGAAUGGAAAGAGUAGCUUGUAAGCACGGAGAUAAAUUUUAUAAUGUUGGAGAAAAAUGGCGAUCAAAUCCAAAUGAUGUGUGUGAAACAGUAAGAUGUGUAAAUGAAACAAAUUUUGGUAUCCAGAAGAAAAUAAUCAAAGAAAAUUGCAAAACUACUUGUGAGAAAGGUUACGAGUAUAAACCAUCCGAAAAUAAAAAUGUAACUUGCUGUGGAGUUUGUAUUCCAACUAGUUGUGUAGUCGAUGGAUCGCUAAAAGUUAUCGGUGAAAAAUGGCACUCAGAAGAUUUUUGCACCAACUAUGAAUGCAUUUAUAACAAUCAAAGUCUUCGGAUAAAAGAAUCAGUUACAAAAUGCGAAAAAGUCGACCCGCUUGAGGAAGAAAAGUAUGAAAUUAAAACAGAGAAAAUCGCUGGACAAUGCUGCCCAGCGUACUCACGUAUUGGGUGUAGGUCUGAAAAUAAAACGUAUCUGCCUGGAAUGAGUUGGACUAAUUCUAAAAACAGUUGUAUAACUGAGGAAUGCUUAAAUAAAACUGGAAAAAUUAAACUUGUACAAACUGUACGAACUUGCAAUCAAAAUUGUAAACUAGGUUGGGAGUACAGAGACCCAAAGGAAGGAGAAUGUUGUGGCGAGUGCGAGCAGAUAUAUUGUAUAGAAGAUGGAAUUUUACAUCAAAUAAAUGCCACCUGGCAAUCUGAUGAUAAUUGCAAGACUUAUAUUUGUCAGAUUAAAGACAAUCAGUUGAUAGUAAAUAGCACUUCUCAACAAUGUCCAGAUGUUUCUUAUUGUAAAUCGGUGAGAAUUAAUGACGACGGUUGCUGUCAAGUAUGCGCUGAUAAGAAGACUACUUAUUUAGAAGAGUUCAAUAAUAAAACAGUGAAGAAUUGCAACAGCUUUGAGUCAACAGUGAGUUUAUGUAACGUUAUUACUGUCGACAAAGAGCGAACAGUUGGAAUUAUAGCGGUGAAUAAAAAGAGACAUGGAUUGUGCAAGAAUGAAGAAUUAAUUGAAGAUUUUUCUCAAUGUUAUGGCACUUGUAAUGAGAAAAUGCAAUUUGAUGCUGUUACUCAAAGACAAUUGAAAGAAUGUAAUUGUUGUCGACCAGUUGGUAAAAUGAGGAGAAUCACUGUUGAUCUGACAUGUGAUGAUAAGACUAAAUUUCCACAACAUGUACGAGUUCCAAAUAAAUGUUCAUGUCUAGGAUGCAAUAAUAACCUUUUUGAAAAAGUCAGAGCUAAUAGAAAAGCUUAAAAAUUUUUUUCUAUGAUUCUUCAUCCG